CCGUGCCCUCCGGCUUGGGACAGGCCGGACCGAGAAAAAAAAAAAAAAAAAAAAGCGCCGUGCCCUCUUUCUCCUUGAGGCGGCUCCAAGCAGGGAGAUAAGGAGGUGGGAGGGGAGGAUAAGGCGGCGGGGAGGAUGAAUAAGCCGCAACUCGGCGGGCGGCCCCCAGAAGUUCCCAGGACUUGUGGAGACAUCGCGGCGCGACCGGGGACGAGCGGAAUCGGAGAUCGGCCGUCGCCUGGCGAGGAGGGAGCGCAUACUCCUCCCUGCCUACGCUUUCAAUGGCACAUCCAAACAUGGGUGGACAUCGGGACAGCAAAGAGACGACACCCCUGAACGGGGACGAGGCCACUCCGUCCGUGUCAAGGUGCCACAAUGACUACCGCAAGCUGUCCAUCGUCAGCAUCAUCUGUGGCCUCUCCUGUGUGGGCAUCAUGGCCCUCAUCAACUCAGUCAAGGCUCAGGAGAAGCGGACGUCAGACCCUGAACUGGCCGAGCAGUGUGCGCUCAAGGCCCGCAAGUUCAGCAUACUGGCCAUCCUGCUGUGGGUGGCCAUUCUGGUGCUGGUCCCUACUCUGAUGACUCUGGUGUCCUACCUUUUAACUUUCAUCGACUGACCAGUCGCU